CAAAUUAGCUGAGUUGGCAACAUCAGUAGCAACGUCUGGAAAUUAGUCACUUUCAUUUUAUUUUUAGUUAGAUAUUUAAAGAAUAUUUAAGCAAUUUAUAAUUAAAGUUUGCUGCACUACAUAAAAUCAACAAUUAAAAAUGCAGGACCCCAACGAAGAUACCGAGUGGAAUGAUGUGCUGCGUGCCAAAGGAAUCAUCGGGCCAAAACAAAAGGAGGCUGAGAUCACAGAAGAUCAAAUCCAGUCGCUAAUGGACGAUGCGAUACAACGCCGCACAGAUCUGCCCCUGCAGGAGGGACAGCGGGAUAAGAAUAUCGAUGACAUGUCGCUGGAUGAACUGGACGAACUUGAGGACUCCGAGGAUGAGGCAGUGUUGGAGCAGUACCGCCAACGUCGCAUUGCUGAAAUGCGUGCCACCGCUGAGAAGGCAAGAUUUGGCAGUGUUCGGGAAAUAUCUGGACAGGACUACGUCAACGAGGUGACCAAAGCUGGCGAGGGCAUCUGGGCGGUACUGCAUCUGUAUGCCAAUGGUGUACCACUCUGCGCACUCAUACACCAUCACAUGCAACAGCUGGCGGUGAAGUUUCCUCAGACAAAGUUCAUGCGCUCCAUUGCGACGACUUGUAUACCAAACUUUCCAGAAAAGAACCUGCCCACCAUAUUCAUCUAUUAUGAGGGAGCGCUUCGCAAGCAGUUUAUCGGCCCCAUAGAGCUGCGUGGUGAGAAGUUGACUGCCGACGAGCUGGAGUUUAUGCUGGGUCAGGUCGGUGCGGUGCCUACGGAAAUUAAGGAGGAUCCUAAGCCUCAAAUCAGGGAUAAAAUGCUUGCCGAUUUGGAAGAUAAGAGUGCGGACUUUUAUUAAUUCUGUGAGACAUAAUCUCAUUUCAUAUUUCAUGUCAUGUUCUAGUACAAUUAUGGUUCUUUUGCCAAUGUGUGCAUUUGUUAACAAAAUAUAAACAGUUUACAUUUUCUACCA